AUGAAGUUCAACUCCGUUGCCGCUGCCGUCUCGGCCGCCCUCCUCGCCGGCACUGCACAUGCCGACGACACCAAGCCCGCCGCCGACGACGCGGCCUCGUCGUCGACUGCCGCUUCUGUGCCCCCUCUGCCCACCUUCACUCCUACCACCCUCAAGGCCCCCUUCCUGGAGCAGUUCACCGAGGGCUGGGACAAGCGAUGGAAGCCGUCCCACGCCAAGAAGGACAUGACCGGCUCCGACAAGGACGCUGAGGAGUGGGCGUACGUCGGCGAGUGGGCCGUCGAGGAGCCCUACCAGUACAAGGGCAUGGAGGGCGACAAGGGCCUUGUUGUCAAGAACCCGGCUGCCCACCACGCCAUCUCGGCCAAGUUCCCCAAGAAGAUUGACAACAAGGGCAAGACCCUCGUUGUUCAGUACGAGGUCAAGCUUCAGAAGGGCCUCGAGUGCGGUGGCGCCUACAUGAAGCUGCUCCGCGACAACAAGGCUCUCCACCAGGAAGAGUUUGCCAACACGACGCCCUACGUCAUCAUGUUCGGCCCUGACAAGUGCGGCCACACCAACAAGGUCCACUUCAUCUUCAACCACAAGAACCCCAAGACGGGCAAGUACGAGGAGAAGCACCUCGCCACUCCUCCUACGGCCAAGAUCGUCAAGACGACCGAGCUCUACACUCUGAUCGUCCACCCCAACAACACCUACGCCAUCCGACAGAAUGGCGAGGAGGUCAAGGCCGGCUCCCUCCUCGAGGACUUCAGCCCCGCGGUCAACCCCCCCUCCGAGAUUGACGACCCCAAGGACACCAAGCCCGAGGACUGGGUUGACCAGGCCCGCAUCGCCGACCCCGAGGCCAAGAAGCCCGAGGACUGGGAUGAGGACGCCCCCUUCGAGAUUGUCGACGAGGAGGCCACCAUGCCCGAGGACUGGCUGGUCGACGAGCCCAACACUGUUGCCGACCCGGAGGCUAAGAAGCCCGAGGACUGGGACGAUGAGGAGGACGGCGACUGGAUCGCGCCCACUGUCCCCAACCCCAAGUGUGCCGAUGUCUCUGGCUGUGGCCCCUGGACCAAGCCCAUGAAGAAGAACCCCGACUACAAGGGCAAGUGGACUGCGCCCUACAUUGACAACCCGGCCUAUAAGGGUCCCUGGGCUCCCCGCAAGAUCAAGAACCCCGAGUUCUUCGAGGACAAGCACCCCGCCAACUUUGAGGCCAUGGGCGCUAUUGGCUUUGAGAUCUGGACCAUGCAGAAUGACAUCCUCUUCGACAACAUCUACGUCGGCCACUCGAUCGCCGACGCCGAGAAGCUGGCUGAGGAGUCGUUCAAGCUCAAGCACCCCGUCGAGCAGGCCCUGGCCGAGGCCGACAAGCCCAAGCCCGAGGAGAAGCCCAAGUCUCCCUCUGACCUCAAGUUCGCCGACGACCCCGUCCUGUACAUCAAGGAGAAGCUCGACCUGUUCCUCACCAUUGCCAAGAAGGACCCCAUCGAGGCCAUCAAGUUCGUCCCUGAGGCGGCUGGCGGCAUCGCUGCCGUUGUUGUGACUAUCAUCGCCGUCAUUGUCGGCCUCGUCAGCGCUGGCUCCUCGCCCGCCGUCCAGAAGGCCGCAACCGACGCCAAGGACAAGGCCAAGGAGGUCAAGGACAAGGCUGCCACUGCGGCGGCCACGGGCGCCGAGAAGGCCAAGGGAGAGGCCACCAAGCGCAGCACCCGUAGCCAGUCGUAG